AUGAUCGAUUUAAGAUUGAGAGUAUAUUGUAACGCAAGUAGACAUGGCGAGAAGAUAUUCAAAAAGAAAGUUAAAGAAGCUUUGAUUGUCGAAUAUUUAAGACGUAAUAUUUUACAGGUAUUUUUAUUGUUUUUCAAAGAAAUAUACAGAGUAUCGGCAAGUGGAACGGACAAAACGAAAGUGACGUUUUGCACGGACGUGGAUAAAUCUGUAAUAGUACAUAAUUUCGAGAAGAGGGGAUGGGUUCAAGUUGGUCCGGAGGAUGACUGGAAUUUUUAUUGGGCAGUCACGCAAUCGUGCAGGAAUAUAUUCAGUGUAGAAACAGGAUAUAGGAUGGACGACAAACAAAUAAUUAAUCAUUUCCCGAAUCAUUACGAAUUAACUCGAAAAGACUUGUUGGUGAAAAAUAUAAAACGCUACCGGAAAGAAUUGGAACGCGAGGGAAAUCCUUUAGCGGAAAGAGGAGAUGGCCCGGGAAAAUACCUUUAUCUCGAUUUCAUACCUAUCACGUUUGUUUUACCGGCAGACUACAAUAUGUUCGUUGAGGAGUACCGAAAAUCACCACAAAGCACGUGGAUUAUGAAACCGUGCGGCAAAUCACAAGGCGCUGGAAUAUUUCUAAUCAAUAAAUUAAGUAAACUGAAGAAAUGGUCUCGAGAAGCAAAAAACCCAUUCAAUCCAAAUUUAACGAAAGAAUCGUAUGUAAUAUCCAGGUACAUUGACAAUCCGCUUCUAAUAGGAGGAAAAAAGUUUGAUCUGAGGCUAUACGUUCUUAUUACGUCUUUUCGACCAUUAAAAGCGUAUCUCUUCAAACUAGGAUUUUGCCGAUUUUGUACAGUCAAGUACGACACUAGUAUUCAAGAAUUAGAUAAUAUGUAUGUUCAUCUCACGAACGUGUCUGUGCAAAAGCAUGGUGAAGAAUAUAAUAGCAAGCAUGGUGGUAAAUUAAGCGUGCACAAUUUGAGAUUAUACUUGGAAAGCACGCGUGGGAAAGCGGUCACGGAAAAGCUAUUCGCAAACAUCACUUGGUGCAUCGUGCAUUCUUUGAAAGCUGUCGCUCCAGUUAUGGCAAACGAUCGACACUGCUUCGAGUGCUACGGCUAUGACAUCAUCAUCGAUAAUGAUCUUAAACCGUGGCUUAUCGAGGUGAACGCAUCUCCGUCGUUGACAUCCACCACAGUAAACGAUCGAAUCUUAAAAUACAAAUUAAUCGACAACAUAAUUUCAAUCGUCGUACCACCUGAGGGUGUCCCAGACGUAAGAUGGAACAAGUGUCCACCACCGGAAGCAUUGGGGAAUUUCGAGCUCCUCCUGGACGAAGAACUCGUCGCUCAAGAGGAGAAAGAAUAUUCGUCUGGGAAAUAUCGAAGUUCCUCCAGCAAAUGGAAAUAAAUAUUCCACUAUUCCUAAACAACGAGAAAAAGUGUCCUUUGGAUAAAAUAUCGAAAGGUGGGAUCACGAGGCAUGCGUAGAAGCAACAGGCAUAGCCUGCUUUAAUCGUCAAGGCGCAUGUACCAAAUCUUCGAAAUGCAUAUAUUCCAGUUUAUUUUGCUCGCGUACAACACAAUUUAUCGUAACUUGCCGUGAUUCCCUGAGAAAAGAGACACACGUGUGCUAACAUCCAAGGCAUUAAAUCUUCUAACAAAUGUUUGACGAAGUGACACGAACGCGUUAUAUCAAUCGGUAUAUAAGGGUGAAUCUUCUUCGGGGGUGGUUUAGAUAUGUUCUAACCGGUGUUCCGUCACGCGAUACGCUACGCGAAAGUUAUGAUAGAAUUAUACUAAUCCAAUAAAAGAGAAGUUUCUCGAA